UAUAUCCUCCAAAUUCGCCUUACCAUCAUAAAAGCAUGGAAUAUUUCGUUGAAUAUUUGGAUGAAGUCCAAGAAGUUUUGGAUGUCAUGGAGUAAGCGAGGGUGGCCAGAAACCAUAGACGGCAGCGGAUGGAUCCUUCAAGGUUUUCACCGACGACGAGUUUAUGCGGAGGUAUCGGCUAUCAAAACAGUGUGUUACAGCCUUGUUACAAGAAAUUGGACACCAUCUUCCAGCUUCCAGAAACAGGAGAGGUCUCCGUAUCUUACCAAGACGCAGUUAUUGGUUGCACUCUAUUACCUAGCAACAGGUGAUUUGCAGCUGACUGUUGGACUCGGCAGAUAUGUCACAGGCAAGCGUUUGUCGAUCAAUCAAGAGGGUUACCCGUGCCAUCACCACCAUUGCACCACGAUACAUUCGGUUCCCUUCCCCAGCAGAGGAGACUACUGCCAUGCAGGAGUUCUCUGUCAUUGUGAACAUGCCAUGCUGUAUUGGUUGCAUUGAUGGUACCCUCAUCCCCAUCAGAGGACCUGGCGGUGAUGAUGCCGAGCUUUACCGCUGUCGCAAAGAUUGCUUUGCCUACAAUGUGAUGGCUGGAGGUCAUGCCAGGCGGACAGAUAUUGUAAAUAGCCUUUAUUAGUGUAUUCUUUAACAUGCAAGUUCUGUUUUACUUUUGUUGUCAUUGUGAGGUAUGUACCUAAUAUUGAGUUUAUUUUUUCAUGGAUAUUUUAUAUAUUUUAGAUUUUGUAAAUUAUUUCUCAAUUCAUUUCUAUGUAGUGAGUUGUCUAUACUUGUCUAAUGUGUAUGUAAUGUGAGUAAGAAUCCUCAUCAAUAGUGUGAGCAUGUUCAGUAUUUCAUCAUGGUUUGUUGUUUGGUUAUAUAACAUUUAAAUUCAUAUUCAACCAAAU